AUAAUUAAAUUAUUCUUUAGUUGAUUUGAAGUUUUCUCUUUCAUAGCAGUCAUGAGUUUUUCUAAUGAAUUAAUGGCUCGACAACGUCCUGAAAGCCAACAUAUAUACUCAGAAAUACGAGAUGUUGAUAGAACUAUAGCGAAUGAAGAACUAUAUGCUCAACUAAACCGGAUUGAAACCCUGCCGUAUUUCCGAGAUGUCAACCGCACCGAGGCGGAAGACAUAUUGGAACGCCAUGCUAAAGAACCCGGAGUGUUUUUGUUACGCUGGAGCAGCGAACCUCUACGAGUGGCUAUUACUUCAGUAGUAAGCAAAGGACGAAUUGCACAUGUACAAAUCAUCGUUAAACAAGGAACAUAUCACCUCGAAAAAGACAUUCCGUUUCACAGCAUCCAAGAUCUGGUUGCCUACUAUGCUUGCCGCCCUAUACCUGCUUUUACACAGUUUAAUUCUGACGCACGGUUGACCAAACCUAUUAAGAGAUGUAUUCGCCCUUCCUCUCAACCAAGAAUCCCUGGUGUGUCGAGACCUCUACAACGGCCAACCAUCUGCUAUAGCUCACAAGACCAAUACCGCUCAUUUGGAGAUACCGACGAUACCCAACCAAAACACAUUGUCCAGAGUAGUUGCCACUGUGAACGUCAUUCAUAUACAAGCAUGCGUUUACAAAGACGAUAGACACUGUCAUUUAAACUGUAGUGUAUGGCGUAUGCAAAUAAUAGCCGAGAAACGAGCACUUUUAAUGUGCGGUAUACACAAGUAAGACAUGGACGUCUUGUUACAGCUAUGCAGGAUGUUCUAUGCAAAGUGGGCGGACUCUGGAAAGUGCGACGUGGAUAUUUAUCCAAGCAUGGAAAAAAAUUGUAGCACAGCGAAUUUCAUAACGCAUUUCAUGACGUUCUUGUUGCAUUUUAUGACCAACAAAGACACGGUGAUGCUGUAAAAACGACAAAACAAUACUAAACAUGUGUUGCUUCCGUAUUCAAAUUUAUCACAAAAUGUGUUUCUUGACGAAAUGUGUUUUAAAUUUAUCACGAAAUGUGUUUUCUUGUUUCUUUUAUUACACAAUGUGAUAAGUCAU